AUGGAGUUUCACGAGCGAGGAAUAAAGGGGGAAGAUGACGCUUGCCGAUCCAGAGGGUCGGAGGGUUGUAUGGGAGGCAUGUCAGAGGGGUGGGAGAAGGGAGGGCGGUACUUACCACAUCCCUUCCCCCUCUCUCAGCACAUCCCUACCCCCUCUCACAGCACCUCUGUCCUCUCCUACUUCCCCCUAUCAGAGCACCUUCCUUCCCCCCUCUGCCCUCACCUUCCUUCCGUGAUGUGGGCGCGCUUUGCUACUCGUGCGCACCUUCUCCCCCCCUCUGUCCUCACCUCCUUCCCCCUCUCAACGCACCUUCUCCCCCCCUCUGUCCUCUCCUCCUUCCCCCUCUCAGUGCACCUUCUCCCCCCUUCUGUCCUCUCCUCCUUCCCCCUCUCAGCGCACCUUCUCCCCUCCUCUGUCCUCUCCUCCAUUCCCCUCUCAGCGCACCUUCUCCCCCACUCUGUCCUCUCCUCCUUCCCCCUCUCACAGCACCUUCUCCCCCCCUCUGUCCUCUCCGCUUUCCCUCUCUUAGUUAUCAUUCUCCCCCCCUUUGUCCUCUCCUCCUUCCCCCUCUCAGCGCACCUUCUCCCCACCACUGUCCUCUCCUCCUUCCCCCUCGGAGCGUACCUUCUCCCCCCUCCCGUCCUCUCCUCCUUCCCACUCUAA